CGAAGAACACAUCAUUGCCUGUAUGUAUUACUGUGAUCAUAAUUUCAUCGAGAAUUUUAUAAAAAAUAUAUGGCAGACAGCGUAAAUAUUCAACAAAACAUCUAUCUACAUAUUCGGUGAUGGCUCUUGCGGCAGAAAAGUUAAUCAACAAAGAGAGGUUCAAUGGAGAAAAUGCAUUGCAAUUUUUACUGUAUUUACCAAUUGGAGUUAUUCUGAUGGUGAUCAGAAUAUUCCUGGGUGUGAUAUUAUGGAUUGCAUCAAUUAUAUUGCCCAACAAAUGGGCAGUCAGUCACAUGUUAACUACUUUGGCUUGUUGGACUUUUGGUGUCUAUGUGAAGCUCAAAGGACAAAGAGACCCAAGAUGUAGUGUGUUGGUUGCUAACUAUGUGACAUGUUUCGAUUCUCUUGCAGCUGCACAUGUCUUUGGUACCAUAAGUUUGAAAAGAUGGAAGUUGCCACCAUUUUUCGCAUCGACGUUGGGUAUAAAGAACGCCUCACAAUUUUCUAAAAAGCAACAUUUCUCCGAGGUGCCCACGAAGCCUGUGUUGAUACAACCAGAAAGUGGACCCACGAACGGUAAAGCGGUGUUACGUUUCACAGAUUGGCCAUUCCAGAUUAAAAGCAAUGUGCAGCCGGUCGCCAUCACCGUGGAGCGCGCCUUCACGCGUGCGACGGUGCAGCGGCGCCAGUACAGCGCGCGCUUCCCGUGGCGCGACGCGGCCUGGUUCCUGCUGUCGCCCGCCACCGUGUACACGCUGCACGCGCUGCCGCCGCUGCGCUGGGACGCGGGGGACGUCGGGGACCGCUGCCGGGCCGCCGUCGCAGAGGCGCUGCAGGUGGAAGUGUCGGAGCUGACGUGGGACGAGUUGUUCGCGGGGAGGCGCGUCCGGCCCGCCGCCGACCGCGCCGCCCCGCUCGUGCGCCUCGGGAACCAGGUCAAGGAAGUGUUGCCAGCCGUCCCACUCAAAACUAUUCUCCAGGAUUUAGAAAGAACUGGAAGCGUCGACAUGACGAUCACGAAUUUCCUCGAGGGCGUGACUCCGUACGUCCCCGAAGAUGCGGCCCCCGGACCGCAGCCCGGGCCCUCGGCGCCGCGGUACGUCACGCCGCCGCCCACAGGAACCUUCCCGAAGACGGCCAAGGAACGACAGCUGAGCUUCGAGGAGCGAAAAGCUCAGAUGAUAGCGGAAGCUCGCAGGAGAUAUAUCGAGAAACACGGACUGAACGUUACGUAGGACCCCUAGACUGUCGCGGGCCCGCGCCGCCGCGACCCGCCAACACGAAAUGUCGCCCUUUCUUGAUAUUAAUUUCUUGAAAUAAUUAUUAUAAUUAGAAAACUUACAUUGAUUGUACCGACGUCUGAAACUAAAUUAAGUUAAAAAAAUACGAUUAAUUGUUUAGGAAAUUCGAAAUUGCCUACGAUCUAAGGUUUCUUGAAAUAAUUUUAUCAGUUAUGAAUCGAGUAAAAUCAACGAUGAUUAAAAAAAAAAAAAACAGAAUAUUUUGACAAUUUUAUAUAAUGUUGUCCUUUGGUAACAUUUUCUGAGAGAAGCUUUUUCAUCAACAUUUCGCAAAUCAAAACGAAACUGAAAACAUGGAUAAUCGAAAAUUCAUUGGUUUUUUUUUAAAGAAAUAAUAAUACUAUUGCGACCCUUGACGUAAACUCGCCCAUCCGCGAGGCGUGACGCAGGUGACCUCUAUCUGUCCUGUUCGCACUCGUAACCCGUGACGUCUGUCUGUCCUGCUCGCACUCGUAGCACAGUCGACUGACGCAGAACAGAAUGACGUAACACUGUAAUGUCAUAGAUUUCUAAUUGUCAAAUAAUUAAACUAAUCUUCCUACGCAUGUAGAUAUAGAAUAAUUCGGCCUAAAAGUUAAAAUAUCAUUGCUUCGAGUUCAUAUAGUCUGUAUUUAGUGAAAAUAUUUUUUAAAAGAUUUUAAUGUAUUGUAAAAUAAUCAUAGUUCACAGUUUUAUCGAAUAAGUGAAUACAUAUUUAGUAAUACCGCGUUUAAAAAAGCAAAUUUGUGAUAAACAAAAAUUAAUAAUAAUUUUGUAAUGUUUGUUAAAAAUAUUGACCGUUUUCAUGUCAUUUGGAGGCUAGCACAUUGUUCAAGGCAAUUAUUUCUCGUCGGAAUGUGAAAUUAUCUGUACUAAUUAAGACAUUUUAUCGACUUCCUGCGACAUCAAACUGUGGGCCAGUCUCGCCGUUACAAGCUUAACAUGUAAUUUACUUUAGUAUUUGUAAAAAAAAAAUUAUUGCCUUAAAAAGGAAUAUAAAGGAACAAACAAUUGAACGAGAAAUAUUUUUCGGAUCUUCUUGGCCCGACUAUACUCGAGGUUCUCGCGUUAAAACGUACCCUGGUUUUGCCGUAUCGAUAUGCGCUUGCCGUGCUCACGGGUGCUCACGGAGGCAGUGCAUUUACAUUUUCAUUGGCACGAGCGACAAUUGCGUUUACCGAUUUCCCUGCAUACGUACGGAACUAUCGGCCAUCUUGAUUUUAUAACUCUAAAGAAUCCGUGCCAAUAAUAAUAUAUUAGUGAUAAUUAAUUAGAUACGAAGAUUUGUGUUUAAAUCAUCGAUAAAAUCGCUGCAUCAGCACUAGGGCUGUUCAUUAUCGAUUAUCGCCUUAGGCAUUUCUGAUUUUUUAGUCUCUCUAAGUUUAUAGUUUGUGGACGUGUUUAUGCAGUAAAUAAUGAAGUUAACAUUAAGAUAAAUAAAAAGUCUCGAAGUAAAAUCUUAUUUCCUAAAAUAUACCGAUACGACUUAACUUAGUAGCGUUGAAUUAUUCAAAUAAAUAGUUGAAUUUGAUUAAAUUGUGUUAAAUUUCGUCCGAAAACACAUAUCUUCUUUUAUUAUUAUUAGUAAGCGCUACAAUAUAUUUUUAUAUGUUUUGUCGACAUGAAAGCGCGUUAAUUGUACAGUUACACAUUGUGGUCGGGAAGUCACUUGAGCGAGACUGAAGUUUUCUAAAGUAACGUGCAGUGUGAUCACGAGUGCUCACAGUUAGUAUUCAUAGCACACUGGUUGCCUCAAACCGAUUGCACCGUAUAAUUGUCAUCUGGUGUCUUGUCCCCUGUGUCAUUUUAUCAAUCAUAUUAAAUUUUUCGUGAUCAUAAAAACAUUGAACAUUAAUUUGGUUUCGUGUUUACAUGUAAUAAAAAAUUACGUAAGAGAUUUCAAAUUAUUAUUUUUAUUUUAUAUUUAAAUUUCUUAAUGACUGUAAAUAAAGUUAUUUUGA